AUGGCACCUCACAUGUCGAAGACCGCAGCCGCUGCUGCUGUGGUGGCAGGAACUGCCUUUGUGUCCUUGCCAAGUCAGCGCUCAGCGCCCACCUCCCGCGCGCCUGCCCUGCGCGGAAACGCUCCAGCCCAUGCGAAUGCAACGGGCAUGAUGAGCACUGUAGGUGUGGCACUUGGUGCGACAGCUGUUGCCGCGCUGCGUAAGAAAGAGUCCAGCAAGGCCUCCCAGCUGAAGGCUUUUGAGAAUGAGCUGGGCGUGCAGCCGCCCUUGGGCUUCUGGGAUCCCGCCGGAUUGUCCAGCGAUGGAGAUGCAAGGGAAUUCUACCGCCGACGUGUUGUCGAGAUUAAGCACGGCCGAGUCUCUAUGUUGGCCUGCACUGGAUACAUUGUGCAGGAGUUCUUCAGAUUUCCGGGAUAUGUCUCUCCUUCUAGUGAGCUCAAGUUCACCGACAUCCCCAACGGACUUGCAGCAGCCACCAAAGUUCCAGCCGUUGGUUGGUUCCAGUACACCAUCUUCUGCGGCAUUUGCGACCUUUGGCUGAUGCACCAGGUCCCAACCAACCCAGCGGGAAAGCUGUGCACUCGCCUGUUUGGUGAGGGAGCCACCAACUACGAGUACGGCUUCUUGGGACUUCCCGGAUACUUGGGUGGCAAGGCAAUCGAGGACGCUGACGUCAAGAAGAAGAAGCUCAACGCGGAAAUUGCCAAUGGACGUUUGGCCAUGAUGGCCAUCAUUGGCAUGUUUUUCCAAGAUGGUCUUACGGGAUCUGCUUGGGGUGAUUGGGCCAACUACACCGAGUCUCCGCUCCGGGCCUUCGAGAGCGAGUUGGGCGUCCAGGCGCCCCUCGGCUACUUCGACCCCAUGGGCCUCUCCAAGGAUGGGGAUGUGGAAACCUUCCGUCGGCGCCGCGAGUGUGAGCUGAAGAACGGCCGCGUUGCGAUGUUUGCCACCAUGGGGUACAUGGUCCCGGAGUACUUCAAGUUCCCGGGAUAUUUGGCGCCCUCCUCGAACCUGAAGUUUGCAGAUGUGCCCAACGGCCUUGCUGCCAUUACCAAGGUGCCUGCUGAGGGUUGGCUGCAGUGGGUGGCUCUGUGCGGCUGCUACGAGUUCUGCGUGAACACCCCGGUGGAUGCGGCGGAGCCGGGCAACUAUGGCAAGGGUCGCCUGGGCUAUGGCAACAUGGUCCUGGGCAUCACCGCGGAACCCAUGCAGGAUGCGGAGGCCCGAAAGCGUGCCUUGAACUCUGAGUUGGCCAACGGACGCCUGGCCAUGAUGGCCAUUGUAGGCCUUUGGGUGCAGGAUGGCUUGUUCGGCAGCCCCUAUGGACUCUAUACCGGAUCCAGCGCCUUUGAGAGCGAGCUGGGUGUCCAGCCGCCCGUGGGCUUUUGGGACCCCUUGGGUUUCACCAAGACCGACGACGCGGCCUCCUUCCGCCGACGUCGCUACGUGGAGCUCAAGCACGGCCGUGUGGCCAUGUUCGCAUGCUUGGGAUACAUCGUGCCCGAGUACUACCGCUGGCCAGGCGAUUUGUCCCCUUCCUUGGGACUCAAGUUUAGCGAUGUGCCCACUGGCUUCGCCGCCUUCAGCAAGGUGCCCUUGAGCGGCUGGGCCCAAAUGGUCUUCUUUGCCGGCUCGGUCGAGCUCUUCCAAUAUGUGGACGACCCCAAGCGUGCGCCGGGCGACUUCGCGAACGCGGGCUUCCUGGGAGUGCCCAACAGCUACGUCAAGGCGCCCGAGGGCACCAAGGAGAAGAAGCUCGCCGCGGAGAUCGCCAACGGGCGAUUGGCCAUGAUGGCCAUCAUCGGAAUGUUCUUCCAGGACGGCCUGACCGGCUCCGCCUGGGGCGACUGGGCCAACUACACUGAUUCGCCGCUCCGCGCAUUGACCCCAGCUCAGGAGUGCAUCGCGGGGACUGGAGGGCCCUUGCCAGACAUGUACUGGGACCCGGCUGGCAUCACCAGCAAGAAGAGCAAGGAGGAGAUCCUGGAGCUGCGCGCCCAGGAGUUGAAGCAUGGCCGCGUGGCGAUGUUGGCGUGCAUCGGUUGGUUCCAUGUGGCCGGCGGCUUCCACAUCAUCGGAGACUAUGCGGUGGGAGUGCACUUGGAUGACAAUCCCUUGGUCAGCUUGACCCAGAUGCCCAUGGGUGGCAUUUGGCAGGUGGUCUUCACCAUCAUGUGCCUGGAAUGGCUGACCACCUACGUUUGCAAGCCUCCGGCCGAGAAGCCUUGGGACAUCCUGGGCUGGUCAGACAUCCUCGUUGAGGAUGAGAAGAGCAUUUGGAAUCAGUUCCGCAAGGCUGAACUUCAGGAGCUGAACAACAGCCGUUUGGCGAUGAUGGGCAUUGUUGGGCUCAUUACUCAGGAUGUCCUCUUUGGCGACUAUGGACAGAAGUUCACCCAGCUGAACUGGGACAAGAACUUCUUCCCUCCAGACCAGGGUGUCUACGAGCCCUUUGCCACCUUCUCCUACCCGACCAUUUUCCCAGAGCUGUAA